UUGACUGAUGCAUGGCACAAGUGCUUACAGAUGCCUUCGGACGUGUAUGCAGAGCUCACUCUCGCGGGGGCCAUCCCGCACCCGUACAAGAAAUGGAACGAACACCAGGUCCAGUGGAUCGGGGACAGGGAAUGGGUGUAUUCCUGUCAGUUCGCUCUAGAGGGAGGGGAGCUCAAGCAGGGAGAGAACGCAGACUUGGUAUUCGAAGGUCUUGACACGUACUGUGAUGUGUACCUUAACGGAGAGAUGGUGCUCAAGGCUGAUAACAUGUUCCGUCCAUGGAGGGUCCCUCUGAAAGCAUCCCAGCUCGAGCCCACCAACCACCUCCUGCUGCACUUCAAAUCCUCGCGCGCGAUCGCCCUCGCCCUCGAGGCUCAGUAUGGGAAACGCACCGCCGGGUCGUGUAACGUCGGGCACGAGAGCCGCGUCUACGUGCGCAAGGCACAGUAUCACUGGCGCUGGGACUGGGGUCCGGAACUGAUGAGCGUUGGACCGUGGUUGCCCGUUCGCUUGGAGAGGUAUUGGCUGCGCUUGAGUGAGGUGCAGACGAAGGCACGGGUUAACGAGACGAAUGUGCCGAGUUUGGGGCUGAGCUUGGAGCUGGCGGGGAACGUGGGUGGGAAGGUGCAUGUUGAGGUCGUAUUGAGGGAUGUGAAGGGAAAGGAGAUCAAGAGUGAGAAGAUCGAUGCUACGAGCACUGAACAGCUCAUCGACGUCAUCAACUGGGAAUUGAAGGGGCAGGUUGACCUAUGGUGGCCUGUGGGCUAUGGCAGCCAGCCGCUCUACACCGUCGGGGUCAUCUUAACUGACGAGUCCGGGACAAUCCUCGACCAACUCACCCAGAAGAUUGGCUUCCGGCGCAUUGCCCUCAUCCAGGAACCGCUCUCUGACCAGCCUGGCACUACCUUCCUGUUCGAAGUGAACGGCGUCCGCAUGUUCAUAGGCGGCUCAUGCUGGGUCCCGAUCGAUAACAUGCUCACGCUCGCUACGCCGGAGAGGUACAGGACCUGGCUCGAGCUGAUGGUGAGAGGGAACCAGAAUAUGGUCCGGAUCUGGGGUGGGGGGAUAUAUGAGAGUGAUGAGUUCUAUGAUGCUUGUGAUGAACUAGGACUGCUCGUCUGGCAAGACUUCAUGUUCGCUUGCGGGCAGUAUCCUGCGUAUGAGGAGUUUCUGGACCAGGUCAGGCCUGAGGCAGAACUGGCAGUCAAGAGGCUCAGGCAUCAUGCGAGCCUAGCGCUCCUCUGCGGGAACAACGAAGAUUAUCAGCAGGUGAAGCAGUGGGGUAUCACCGAAUUGCCCGCUGUGGUAAUCUACGAACAGAUCCUCCCCCAGGUCGUCACCGCCCUCACGUCACCCGAGAUCCCCUACCACCGCGGUUCCCCAUGGGGCGGCGCGGACUACUGGAACACCGCCGAUCCCACAAUGGGGGAUAUCCACCAAUGGGAGAUGUGGGCCGGCCGGGCGGAUUUCUACCAGAACUGGGAUCUGAAUGGUGGACGAUUCGUUUCCGAAUUCGGGUUGCCGGCCAUGCCUCACCCUGAGACGAUCGACUGGUUCUUUGAUGAUGAGAAAGGAGACAGGUACCCGCAGAGCAGGAUGAUGCAGCAGCAUAAUAAGGCUGGGAGUCAUGAGCGUCGGCUUGCGAUUUAUAUGAAUGAGAACUUUAGGAUCACGGGAGAUUUCGAAUCGUACGUGUUCUUGACGCGGAUGAUGCAGAGCGAGGGUGUUGGCGCGGCGUACAGGAUGUGGAGGAGGGACUGGAAAGGACCUGGAAAGCAAUACAAUGCGGGUGCUCUCGUGUGGCAGAUCAACAACUCUUGGCCCGUGACCUCUUGGGCCACGUGUGACUACUUCCAACGUCCCAAACCUACAUUCUACGCAACCGCACGCGAGAUGCUGCCCAUCACCGUGGGUAUCAAGCGCACGGUCAAGAAGAACAAGGAAAACGAUCGUCCUCGGCAGUUCUACGAGUUUGGUGCUUUCCAGUCUCUCUCCGCAACGAUGGAGAUUUGGGGGUGUAAUUCCACCCUCCACCCCCGAGUCGUCGUUCUGGAGGUGAUGUACUGGGAUCUCGAAUCCAACUGGCGUGCAUCGGAAUACCACACGUUCACCCUCCUGCCUAACCAGUCGACCGACUUGCUUCAGAAGGAGGUCCCACACCGGCCCCGCGGCGAACCCGACACGUACCCCGGCGGCGAUCCGAAGCCAACAUUGAGUGCCUCGAUUAUCGUUUCUGCGCGCCUGGUGGACGUGGAAUCGAAGGAGAUUCUCUCGCGCUACGUUGACUGGCCCCAGCCAUUCAAGCUUAUCGAUUUCCCCGACCCGAUCCUCAGCGUCAGGGUAGACGGUGAUGAGGUCAAGGUGGAUGUGAGGCACCCCGUGAAGGGCCUUUGGCUCGAUGUGGCCGGCGAGACGGACACGGUGCAGUGGAGCGACAACGCUAUUGAUGUCGUUCCCGGAGAUCCGCAGACACUCAAAGCAACAGGCCUCAACGGACGGGCAUUGGUGGCACAGUAUCUGGGUAAGGAGAAAGCGUCGGCAAUAUGAUGUUCCGCUGCAUGCGCAGAGUGUAAUUUGAAAGUAGGAACG